AUGGAGAAGACGCCAAGGAGCCACGCUGACUUGGUAACCAUGGCCAACGCACGUGCAGUUUCCAAACCCUCGCUAAAGUCUGCAUGCCUACACUCAGACUCUCCCCCAUACUCCCCCAUACCUGCACUCAGACUCUCCCCCAUACCUGCACUCAGACUCCCCCAUACCUGCACUCAGACUCCCCCAUACCGGCGCUCAGACUCCCCCAUACUGCAGUCAGACUCCCCCAUACUGCAGUCAGACUCCCCCAUACUGCACUCAGACUCCCCCAUACUGCAGUCAGACUCCCCCAUACUGCACUCAGACUCCCCCAUACUGCACUCAGACUCCCCCCCCCCAUACCUGCACUCAGACUCUCCCCCAUACCUGCACUCAGACUCUCCCCCAUACCUGCACUCAGACUCUCCCCCAUACCUGCACUCAGACUCUCCCCCAUACCUGCACUCAGACUCCCCCAUACCUGCACUCAGACUCUCCCCCAUACCUGCACUCAGACUCUCCCCCAUACCUGCACUCAGACUCCCCCAUACCUGCACUCAGACUCCCCCAUACUGCUCAGACUCCCCAAUACCUGCACUCAGACUCUCCCCCAUACUCCCCCAUACCUGCACUCAGACUACCCCAUACCUGCACUCAGACUCCCCCAUACCGGCACUCAGACUCCCCCAUACCUGCACUCAGACUCCCCCAUACCGGCACUCAGACUCCCCCAUACUCCCCCAUACCUGCACUCAGACUCCCCCAUACCUGCACUCCGACUCCCCUAUACUGCACUCAGACUCCCCAAUACCUGCACUCAGACUCUCCCCCAUACUCCCCAUACCUGCACUCAGACUCUCCCCCAUACCUGCACUCAGACUCCCCCAUACCUGCACUCAGACCCUCCCCCAUACCUGCACUCAGACUCUCCCCCAUACCUGCACUCAGACUCUCCCCCAUACCUGCACUCAGACUCCCCCAUACCUGCACUCAGACUCCCCCAUACCUGCACUCAGACUCCCCCAUACUGCUCAGACUCCCCCAUACUGCACUCAGACUCCCCCAUACUGCUCAGACUCCCCCAUACCUGCACUCAGACUCCCCAUACCUGCACUCAGACUCCCCCAUACCUGCACUCAGACUCCCCAAUACCUGCACUCAGACUCCCCAAUACCUGCACUCAGACUCCCCCAUACCGGCACUCAGACUCUCCCCCAUACUCCCCCAUACCUGCACUCAGACUUUCCGCCAUACCUGCACUCAGACUCUCCCCCAUACCGGCACUCAGACUCCCCCCCCCAUACCGGCACUCAGGCUCCCCCAUACCGGCACUGUGACUCCCCCCCCAUACCGGCACUCAGACUCCCCCGUACCGGCACUCAGACUCCCCAUACUCCCCCAUACCUGCACUCACACUCUCCCCCAUACCUGCACUCAGACUCCCCCAUACCCCCCCAUACCUGCACUCAGACUCCCCCAUACCUGCACUCAGACUCCCCAAUACCGGAACUCAGACUCCCCCAUACCUGCACUCAGACUCCCCCAUACUCCCCCAUACCUGCACUCAGACCCUCCCCCAUACCUGCACUCAGACUCCCCCAUACCGGCACUCAGACUACCCCAUACUGCAGUCAGACUCCCCCAUACCUGCACUCAGACCCUCCCCCAUACCUGCACUCAGACUCCCCCAUACUGCACUCAGACUCCCCCAUACUGCACUCAGACUCCCCCAUACUUGCACUCAGACUCCCCCAUACCUGCACUCAGACUCCCCCAUACUGCACUCAGACUCCCCCAUACUGCACUCAGACUCCCCCAUACUGCACUCAGACUCCCCCAUACCGGCCCUCAGCGGGCUGA